AUGACGAGACAUCGACGUCGUUGCCCGGUCAUUUUGCUCAUUUCUCUGCUGCUGCUGCUCAGUCCGGAAAUCUCCGCCCAGAAUGUGAUCGAUCAGCCGAUUGCUUCCAAUUACGCGCCCGUUCUGCAAGUCUCCUCCACCGAGGGCUUCCUGGCCGAGACGGCGCAGAUCGGAACGACUGUCCGGGUCUCGCCGAACAUGCAGUCCGAGUCACUUCAGAUUCUUGUCAAUGAUGAUGAUUUGGUGAGUACAUCUUAUAAAAGAGCAGAGAUUGGCGAACAAUUAAUCGAGAGUUUUUAAGUCAAAGUAAUGAAACACAAAUUGCACAUUUUCUCAUCACUUUUUCAGCAACCGGGAAUGCCACCGGCCACGUAUCAGUACAUCCUAACCGGUCUCGGCGCCACGAUAUUCGCGGUCGACCAACGGGGAUACGUCUACUUGAACGUUCCGAAGAUCGACGCGGAUCCACCAAAUCCAUCCACUUAUCAGUUGAACGUAAGUUAUUUCUCAAUCAAACACUUCAAUUCAAUUUCAAAUGAUCGCAGGUAGAAGCCCGUGAAGUGAACACUCUUCCGACGCGACGCAGUGAACCCGUGACGAUCACCAUCCACAUUCUGGAUGUGAACGACAACGCGCCGCAGUUCGAGCAGCCCAUCUACAUGGCGAAUACGACGGCGAAGGGCGAAGAACGGGACGUCGUGAAGGUCGUGGCCACUGACGUCGAUUCUGGAGCAUUCGGACAAGUCACCUACUCGAUUGCUCAGGUGUGUGCAGGUUUUCUAAGCGGAAAAAUAUAAACAAAUAUCUAGAGGCAUUAUAAUUGUUGUUAACACAAUGAAACGGUGAAAAUGCUGCCGUUCUAUGAUGAUAAACCCAAUUUGCAGGUGACGAACGGAGCGGAAGACAAGUUCCGAUACGAAGCGGCGACGAACAUGCUUCUGGCGGUAGGCGAUCUGGUGCCGGGAGAGAGAUACCAGGUGGUGAUCGAGGCGGAGGACGGCGGCGGAAAGAUCGCGCAGGCAAUCGUCAUCGUGCUCGCCAUGGAUCCCUCCCAACAGACAUUCAGCUCACUGGCACCUCUUCCCGGAAUGGAGACGUUCGUUCCGAAUCCAUUGGCCAUGGCGACGACGCCAGGGACGAUGGUGACCAGUGCGGAAUCCGAAGAAACGAUUCAGACGUUCGUGACGGAAGUGAACGAGAACACGCCGCCGAACACGGUGGUAGUGUCGCUCGGAGGAGACGAUCCCAGCCAACUGACAUACUUCAAUAUUGUCGGAGGAAACGAGGAGGGCAAGUUUGCCAUCGACAACGAGUGAGUUCAACAACAAAGGUAUCUCUGAGAAACCAUUUGCAGAGGGACCAUAGUGACAGCGGACGAGUUGGACCGUGAAAAGACGGCCAUGUACUCGCUGCAGGUGGAGACGAGAUCCCGCAAUCCGGACCAGCACCUCUACUGGACACUCGUCCAAGUGACCGUGAUGGACGUCAACGACAACGCGCCCACGUUCACCGAUCCGCAGCCGAUCCGUCUCCGGCUGAGCAUCGACGACAUUGAACAAUUGAGUGCGAACAUGAUAAUCGGAAAGAUCGGAGUGGAGGACGUCGAUGCGGACGACAACGGACGGCUCGAGCUGAGGAUCAUGCCGCCGCACAACAAGUUGUUCGCCAUUUCGAACGAGGGCAUUCUGAGCGUGAACGGCGACUUCACAUCCGCUCAUUUCGGAGAGCACGACCUGACCAUAGUGGCCAGGGACCACGGGGAACCGUCUUUGGAGACGAGGGCCCGAGUGCAGAUCUCCAUUUUCGGAACGCUUAUUACAAUGGCUACAGUUGCACCGACGGUUAGUUUCAGUUCAGUUUCAGUUUCAAAUUGAGCAUAACUUUACAGAACGAGGUGUUCGAGUACACGUCGAGUGUGGAAGAGGAGCCGCCGACGGGCACUCCGGACGACUACCUGCAGACGGUCACCGCGUCCCCAUCGACCAGGAACCAGGUGCCGCAGCAGGUGUUCUCCUCGUUCCCGGCGCCAGGCGACAAGAGUCCGCAGACGUCGGCGCCCGAGUUCCCGCAGUUUCCCACAUUCCCCACACUCAGUCCACAUCCUCAGGUGAGCCUGCAUUCAACCUUUUUUACAGCUUCAAUAUGUUCAUUUGUAAACAUUUUCCGAAUUAUUUUGUUAUUUGUCGUAACUUUCCCGCAACGCUUAUUUUCAGACACAAAUCACCGCUUUUUCAGUUCCUUUCCCCCCUUUUUGUUUCUUUCCUCUCAGUUUUCGUUUCCCAUUCAUUCGUGUUCAGAUCGACGAGGAAAACGAGGAGGAAGAAGAAGAGUAUCCGGAAGCGCCGCCGCCGCCGCCGCCUACAGUACCCCGUCAGCCGGCUACCGUACCACCCGACUACUCGGACGAGUACGGUCAGCAGCCAGAGGCGAGUAGCACGCGAGAGCCCGAGAAUGAGAGCACAUCCAUCGAAAGCGCACUUGAGACGGCGACUGAUGAGCCCGAACCUGAACCUGAACCCGAACAAGUUUUCACUGAAAAUCCAUUUGCACCACUGCCCGAAUCUUCAUCCGAAACGGUUCCGUCGGAGUCGUCGGAGCCAUCGGAGCCAUCGGAACCGUCGGAGCACCUCGAAACGACAGUACCUGAACCCUCAUUCACAGAGCCCCCGAGCACUUCCACAGAGCACUGGCCAGAAGAGAUCACGACGGCAGAAUCGACGAUUCAAGAGGAAAUGUGGCCGGAAGAGGAAGAAACGACGAGUCAGGUAGAGAGCAUGAGCAUCUGAGCAUCUGAGCACUUUCCCCCCCGGUACUAACUGCAUAUAUGGGUUCAAGAAAUGACACGUGGAAUAUGAAAUACUAUGCUUGUUUUGCUUGUACGGGAGAGAUGCAAGUGCGCUCUGUUGACAAUCGAUAUAUCGUGAAGGCGUUCUAAUGAAUUCGAAAAAGUCCAGAACUCACUUGCAUGCCCAUCCUCCUUUUUCUCUCUUAUCUUUUUAGUUCCAGGAGCUCCCCUCGCCGACCACCAAAAUGGCUCCGCCGGCCACAACUCAAGCCCCGCCCCCUCCGGCUCCUGCUCCAAAACGUCUUGCUCCAGUGUUCAAGCCGGCUCAAAUCACGGUGCAAAUCGACGAAAACGAGUCGCAAGUGGAGAUCACAAAGGCGCAUGCCACGUAUCCGGACGGUCUCCCGGGCACGAUCACCUACGUCCUGCACAAGGGAGAUCCGUCGCUUUUCUCGGUCUCCUCCUACUCGGGAUCCAUCAAUUUGCUGAAACCACUGGACGCGGAGGCCAACGCGACCGUCACCAUCCAGGUCUCCACUUCAGAGGCGCAGAUGAUGGAGGUCGACCCGAAACUCGCGCAUUUUGUCAGCAUCACCAUCAACGUCGCCGACAAAAACGAUUGGAUUCCGAACUUUGAGAGCAGCUCGUACGAGUUUGACGUCAAAGAAGACACGCUUCCGGGCACGAUUGUCGGACAAGUCAACGCGUUCGAUCAGGACAGAGAUGUACAGUAACCCCCUUCCCCCCACCCAAACUACAGUAAUGCCUCUUUCGUUGCAGGACCCGAACAAUCGCAUCAGGUACCGAUUGCUUUCCGCCGGAGGUCUCGAGGCGCAUUUCAAUGUGAACGCCGAAAGCGGACUCAUCACCCUGGCCAGACCGAUCGACGCAUUUGCCGGCGAGAAGAUUACGGUAGGAGUACGGUUGGGUACUGUAGACUGACAGUUUCGUAUUUCAGUUGAGGAUAGAGGGAGCUGACAGCGGAAUGCCGCCGCUUUCCUCGACAACUACCGUACUCAUCAACGUGGUCGCCACGUCAUCCCAUCUAAUUCCGGAUGCGUCGCCCGUUUCGAACACUCCGAACGAGGGAGAACUGCAGUUCAGUCUGAGGAAUUACACGUGAGUUCAACGAUCCCACAAUAUCAAAGAGUUGCCCAUUCUCAGUGCAUCCGUGUCGGAAGCCGUCCGUCCGCCGCAUCUCGUUCAAGUAUUAUCCGUCAUGAACAAACCCACCGACACUCGCUUCAUCAUCUGUAAUAUUGUGUCUGGAAACUAUCGAGGAGCGUUCGGAGUGACUGCUGGCAACGACGGAAACUGCGAACUGAGGACUCAGAUGGAACUGGAUCGCGAGACUGUCGAGAGGUAAAUCAAUUCGCUCGCACUGUCUUCUAAAACGCGCUUGCCACUUUCAGAUACCUUCUGAACGUGACCGUAACCGCCGGCACCCAGACCGACUACGCUCUCGUCUCGAUCACAGUGCUCGAUGUGAACGACAACGUGCCUCGGUUCGUCUAUGACUCGGAUCUCGGCCUGACCACCUACUUCGGAGCGGUCUCUUCGGUCGCCAAUGCUUUCACGAGGGUCCUCACUGUCAAGGUUCGGGAUUUAAAGUAUUCAGUCUUCUCAAAACCUUCUUUUCCAGGCUGAAGACGCGGAUCUCGGCAACAGCAGUCUCGUGAAUUACGCGUUGGACCCGUUGUCGGCGCACUCCAAGUACUUCUCGAUCAGUCCGUUCGGCGAGAUCAGCACAAAACAGAGCAUGACGACAAUUCUGAGCAGGAACCGAUUGCAGUUCUUCGAGUUCCGAGUGUCCGCCUGCGACUCUCCGAUCUCCGGACAGCAGUUGUGCUCGAAAGCGGACGUGGUGGUGAAUGUGAUCAGUUCGACGAACCGAUUCAAGAUGAUCAUCUACGGAUUGAACCCGCAGCAGCUGAAGAAGCACGAGAAGGACCUCGUGAAGUCGAUCCGACAGUUCACGGGCAGCUGCAACCUUCUGACCAUCGAGAAGAUGAUCGAACACACGGCCAUUGAGAAUCAGGUACGUUAUAGAAGUUCGCAAUGAAAUUCGAAAAUGUCGCUGGCUAAUAAGCAGUUGUUGGAACUGUAGUUUUCUCGAAAGUUGAUAUUGCAACAAGUGAUGUGUGUUUUAUUUUUCAGAUUCGAACGGAUAUCUACUGGUACUCAGUGAAUCCGACGACUAAGAAGAUUUGCAAGAAGCAGGACAUUCGGAAACUGUUCGAGGCUCCCAACGUUCAGUUGAUCGCCGGAAAAGUGCAGCCGUGGUUCCGAUUGGAGAGGAUUUCAGAGGAUGUGAGUGGAAUGGUUCUAAGGAAUUAUUCCAACAAAAUGCACUCUAUGAAGUUAACAAGGUGAAACUGAGAUAAUCCUCUGAUUUCAGGCGGGCGACGACGGAAGUCUGUCCUCGGGAGGCAUCCUCUCGACCAACUGGAAGACCUCCAACAUCUUGCUCAUCAUCCUCGCCGUCACAGUCGCUCUCGGCGCCAUCAUCGGAAUCUGCGCCGUCUGCGUCUUCUGGAACCGCUACAAAGCGGCCCAGCGCAAUGCGAGCAACUUCUCGCACUCGUACCCGCAGAAGCUCGGACCGAUUUAUCAUCCGAACAUGGGCGUGGAUCCGCGGACCGAGUACGACUACGAGACGCAGAACGUGAACAUGCUCAUUUCGGACGAGGAUCUGACGAUGAAGAGCGGCUCGAUCGGAGUGCCGGCGCACCAGAGAAUGGGCGGAAUGCCGAUGGGCAUGGGCGGUCCGCAGAUGAACGGAGGAGGUCCUCCGAUUGGCGGCGGAGGCGGCAAUCAGAGCUACAGGACGUACGGAUAUCGGCCCGCGCAGAGCACCGCGUACGAGGGAGAUUUCAGGUAAUUACAGAAGAUUCUAGAAAUUGAAUUCGGCUAGAGAAUACGUCAAAACUGCAACUGCAGCGAAUUCAGAGCUUAACCAGUGGCGUUCAUGAGUACCUUUUCCAUAAAAUUAUCGUAAAAUAAGGAGAAAGCGGAGCUCAAAAAUAUAUCAUAAUGAAAUAAUGCGUCGGCUGAAACGGUAACGUAUGAAUUUCAGCAUAGAAGAGUCGAUGUACGCGAUAAACCCGUCGGGCCGGCUGGAUCCAGUCACCAAGUAAGCCUUUCUCUUCCCUUUUCGUCCCCAAACUUUCCCCUUCGUUUCUCUCUUUUUCUCUCUCAUUCGAAUCCAUUUCAGUCGAGUAAUUCUGCCGUCGAAUUUACCGCGAACCACAAGUAAGAGACCAGUAACUUCUGUUUCUGUUUCCCUAUCUCUCUCGCUUUCUAACUCUUUUCUUUUCGGUUUCAACAUUCUGUUAUCUCGGUUAACUAUUCGGACUUUAAAGAUUUACUCAUGGCCAUAAGUUCUCAACUGCUUUAAAAAAUCGCUGCUUCUCCUCUAUAUCCCAAUACCGUACAUUCAAGACGAUUUAUCUCGGCUGUCUGUGGAGACAUUGAAAAGUUGUCAACUAAUUACUUGUUCAGCAACAUAUUUUGUACAUUCUAUCAGUUGACAACUUUCUAAUAUCUCUGCAUACAGCUGAGAUACAUUGCUUUGAAAGUCUGGUAUUGGUGGUUCGACCGUACCCAACCAAUCGUUUCACUUUCAGACGUAUACAGACCAUCGUAAUCCCGACGCCCGACUACCAUCAACGUACUCAUCCGAAUCAGCACAAAAGUAUACUCUAA